AUGGCAGAGGGGAGGGAGCCUAAGCCUACUUAUGCCCUUCGCUAUCGACGUCGUAUGUCACAGCCGCCCUCCAGCACCAAGCUGUGCUUGUUGAGGUUUGUUGGACAUGUCAUUGCAAAUAUGCGAUAUAGUUUCGCAUUGAUUCUCAUUAACCUCGUUCGAAAUAACGCACAUUCGCGUAUCAAAUUGACACGCACUGUAUAUUCCUCCAACGCUGAGGUGAGUUGCUCAGCAGCGUCAGUGUUGGUCGUCAAUGUGAUUGCUGCGAACCAAUCUGCGAAGCACUUCUUGACACGGGGCACUUGGCCCGGGGAAAUUUGUUUCGAUGCAGUGCACAAGUUACCCAAAAUCGCUCAAAAUCCGUGCGAAAAAGUUGAGGCCGAACUUUUCAUGAUUUAUUCACUUGUGUUUGGCUUGGUCGCUGCUCCUGGCGAGUUAUUGGUUGUUGGCUCAGCUUUACGACCCAGGCACGUCCAAAUACUCUCAGCUGUGGGCUACCCUAAGUACCGUAAAGUGAUGGAGGGUGUUGAGGGGCCAUCGGAAGUGACCAAGCCGACUAAGGGCAGCAAAAUUGGCGGUUCUGUUGGGAAUAAGGUGGUGGCAGUAGUAGGAAGUCGACUCGAGACCAGUUCCCGAGGGUUGUUGGAUAUACAGUAUCCUAUUACGCAUGGCAGUGUUACUGAUUGGGAGGGCAUGGAACACAUAUGGCGACAUGUGUUCAGUGAAGGGCUAAAGUGCAGGUCUCAGGAGCAUCCGGUACUGAUAAGCGAGCCGCCGUUGAAUCCCAUGAUUCACCGUGAGAAGCUGGCAGAAUGUCUCUUCGAAGUCUUUAAGGUACCAGCCAUCCACAUCGCCUGCUCUCCUGUUCUUUCUCUGUAUGCAUCUGGUCGGACUACUGGAGUGGUGCUGGACAUCGGUGACGGCGUAGCACAGGUUAUGCCUGUCUAUGAGGGGUAUGCAGUAGGGCAUGCGGCCACUCGUGGUGAAUCAGCUGGGAGGAGCGUUACUGAGUGGCUGCAGUUGUCGCUCAAAAGGCAGUGUGGAGUGCAUUUGCUAUCUACGGCGGAUCGAGAGAUAGUCCGCACUAUGAAGGAAGAUUGUUGUGCCGUAUCCCUGCAUCCAGCCGUGCAAAGGGCAUGGCGCGGUGGCACUGAUGCCAAAUCUUCUCAUGUUCAGUAUGAACUCCCAGAUGGUUCUAUAAUCAACAUCGGCCUUGAGCGUUUCCAAGCCCCGGAGAUAAUAUUCAAUCCCACAAUGGCGGCCUCGGCGGACCAGGGUGUGCAUCUGCUACUGGAUGAGGCCAUACAGAAGAGCGAUAUGGAUCUAAGGCGAACGCUGCUGCAAAAUGUGGUUCUCGCUGGUGGCAGUACGUUAUUCCCAGGGUUCGGCGAGAGGCUUUUGUCGGAAAUGCGCAAGUUGGUUCCGAAGGAUGCAAGAAUUAAAAUCUGCGCCCCUCCAGAGCGUGAGUCGCAUUGGGGAGCGUUGUAUUUCGGAUUGUACGAUACCAUGAAGGGCCGGUUUAUGGACGAUGAACGAACAGAAAGCGUGUUCUGGCGAUGGGUCAUGGCCCAGGUCUCAACGACAGCAGCAGGGGUGGUAUCAUAUCCCUUCGACACGGUGAGGAGGAAAAUGAUGGCCAACGCACGGCAGACGGGGUUUCAAUCGGAGCAGUUGAGUACAUCUUGGCAGUGCUGGAAGCAUAUCUUCCGAAAUGAAGGUUUCAAGGGUUUCUUCAGAGGCUCGUUCUCUACUAUACUCCGAGGGCUUGGUGGUGCAUUGGUCUUGGUCUUGUAUGACGAGGCUAAGUUCAUGCUCUAUGAUUAG